GCUCACCUGUCAGGUAGAAAAGCAGCUGUCACAAGAACUCGUUUGGUUAAAAAGAAUAAAUAAAAAUAAAAAUAAAAACUCCCACAGCAAACUGAAAUAAAACAUGCAGUCUCCGAUGAAAGACUCUCCCGUCAGACCGGGUUAUCACAGACUGGAGAUCCAGAAGACGACGUGGGACGUCCCGGACAGAUACGUGACGCUGAAGCCGAUCGGCUCUGGAGCCUACGGGACUGUGUGCUCUGCCAUCGACCAGAGGACCAAAGAGAAGGUGGCCAUCAAGAAGCUGUACCGGCCGUUUCAGUCUCUCAUCCUUGCAAAGCGGGCGUACAGGGAGCUCCGCCUUCUUCGCCACAUACAGCAUGAAAAUGUGAUCUGCCUUCUCGAUGUCUUCACGCCCGACUCAACGCUGGAGAAAUUCCAAACCUUUUACUUGGUGAUGCCGUUUGUAGCCCAAGACUUGAGCCACAUCAUGAAGAAGAAGAGGCUCAGCGAUCGCAUCAUCACAUACCUCUUUUACCAGCUUAUGAGAGGCCUGAAGUACAUCCACUCUGCAGGGAUCAUUCAUCGGGAUCUGAAGCCUGGUAACCUUGCUGUGAGUGAGAACUGUGAUUUAAAGAUUCUGGAUUUUGGUUUGGCAAGGCAAACAGAGAGUGAGAUGACGGGUUAUGUUGUGACACGUUGGUACAGAGCACCAGAGGUCAUUUUCAACUGGAUGCACUACAGUCAGACAGUGGAUGUUUGGUCAGCCGCUUGCAUUCUGGCUGAAAUGAUCACAGGUCAGGUGCUUUUCCCAGGACAUGACAGUAUUGAUCAGCUGCAGAAGAUCCUCCACCUGACAGGAACACCAGACUCCUCCCUGGUGCAGAAGAUGCAGAGUAAAGAUGCCCAAACGUACGUGAAAGGUCUCCCUCCACAAAGAAAGAAGAAUUUCAAGCAAGUGUUUGAGACGAUGGAUGCAAACGCUGUAAAUCUUCUGGAGGGGAUGUUACUGCUGGACCCAGAGAAGAGGCUGACGGCCAAACAGUGCCUGUCCCACCCGUUUCUGGAUGAAUACCAUGACCCAGGAAGUGAACCGGACUCGGGUCCUUAUGACGACUCCUUUGAGAACAUGGAGCUCGAUGUCGGCGAAUGGAAAAGUCUCAUCCACAUGGAGAUCAUGACCUUUGACCCUAAGAAUCCUUGCCAGACUGCCAUGUAGGACUAUCUUAUGUCAGUAAGAACUGCGAAAUUUGUUAGUUUGUGUGAGCGGUCAACUUUGUUUUGGCGUCAACAUUUCAUUCUUCCUGAGAAACCUAACCGCAGAACUCCUGGGGAGUCCUCAGAAGCCCCUCCCACUGCAGGACUGAUCAUCUCCAGUGUCACCACCCUUUGCAAAUCUGUUUUAAAGCUGAUGUCACUGAUGUCUCCUCUGUGCCUUUGGACUCCCUCUUUCCAUGAGUUACAUAUUUGCAUGCUUUUAUAUACCUUAAAAGAUAUACUUCCUUUAAAACCUUUCCUUGUAUAAACUUCAUUAGUGGGGGAAAUGGGAAACAUGUUCUCUUAAAAUCCACAAGCCCACUUUAGGUGAUAAAUCCCACAAAACCUCUCGGACACCACCGAGAAAUAAAACGUUCUGCUCAGAUGAUGUGUUGAGAACAAAAUGCAAGAACAUCGAAACCAGAGCUGUGGGAAAAAAAAAUAAAACAACGUAAUCUCUUCACAGGGAGUGAGAGUAAAAUUAUAUAGCUUCUUGUGAAAGAACGUUUGUUGCAUUUGUAGUUCUAAGAAAACACAAAGAAGUUAAACCAGAAAUGUGUUCAUUCUGUAUAUUUCACACGACCUGAACCACUGGAUUCUACUGCAUGUACAGUGUUGUCAUUUAAAUGAAAACCAAACUGUUUUUAUUUGAUUUUAUUUGAAUUUUUUUAAUUGAUGCGAAUGGAUCAUCUGAUUGUGCCAACUGUGAAAUGUUUCAGAACAAAAAGAGAAUUCUUUUUUUGAUUUUACCUUUUUUAAUCCCCUGAUCCACCUCAGGACAGAACUGGGAGAAAUGUUUGUGGAAAAUGAUGAUGUCAACUUUAUAAAUCCAGAGACGUGAUCCUGAAGUUUAACUGGAUUUAGUCACAGACGUGCUGCAUAUUUUAUUUUCUACUUGUGUCAUGUAUUCAUGUAUUCAUGUUUUCUUUCUACUUUUUUUAUUUCAUUGUGACCUUUUUAUAUUUUGAAAGUUUUGCAGAAAUACAAGUAAAAUUCAUAAACACUGUUUAAAAUCUGUUAAAAUAUGUCAAAAGGCCAGUUUGGUUUUGUAAAGAAUUGUGGAUAUCCCCUUUGGGAGGGACAAAUAAAGAUUUAUCUAAAAGUC